AUGGUGAGCAUCGCAGCAGCCAAGGAAGCUGCGGCUUCCAAUGUCUUGCCAGAUGAAAGCUCGCCGUUCGCGCCCGUCGAGGUGCUGGCGACCAUAGCCCUCGUGUGGUAUGUUGCCGUUGUCGUGGUUUGCACCGUCGGCUACACCCAACUACGGCGAUGGUAUUCGUCUCCGCGUCCAGCCGCCUUCUGCCUCACUCAGCUCCCGCCCGACGACAUCCCUCAUGUCACCGUCAUCCGCCCGGUCAAGGGCCUCGAGCCCAGCCUCUACGACUGCCUCGCCGCAACCUUCCGCCAGACGUACCCACCGCAGAAACUCACCAUCUACUUCUGCGUCUCGUCGCGCGAUGAUCCUGCCUACCCGACGCUUCAGCGCCUAAUCGACGACUUCCCGUCCUUUGACGCGAAAAUUCUCGUCGAGACCGACGAUCCGCUGCUCAAUGGCAGCGCCGACCGUGACGAUGCCAGCCGCCCGCCCAUGGGCCCUAACCCCAAGAUCCGGAACAUGAGCAGGGCAUAUCGCGAGGCCAAGGGCGACAUUGUGUGGAUUCUCGACUGCAACGUGUGGGUCGGCCGCGGCGUGUGCGGCCGCAUGGUCGACACGCUGUGCGGCUACGGCGGCCGCAGGAAGAACAAGUUCGUGCACCAGCUGCCGCUCGUCGUCGACACGGACAUGGUCCCGCUCGGCGAAGAAUCGCAAGGCCUGUUGAACGGCGACGCGAAUGGGCACGCCCACGUCGCGUCGAGCAGCACCGCCAGUCACGAGCUCCGCACGCCCGCCGACCAGUCCCGCAUCUUGCAGCUGGGCGGCGGCCGGCUGGAGGAGCUGUUCAUGUCGUCGUCCCACGCCAAGUUCUACACAGCCAUCAACACGGUGCUCAUCGCCCCCUGCAUCGUCGGCAAGUCCAACAUGUUCCGCCGCUCGCACCUGAACGCCCUGACCGGCCCGCUCCCGCAGCACGCCGAGGGCAUCGACUUCUUCUCCGAGAACAUCUGCGAGGACCACCUCAUCGGCGACCGCCUGUGGAAGCAGCAGAUCCCCGCCGAGAAGAGCGGCGAGAGCUGGGGCAAGCACGCCAUGUGCUUCGGCGACCUGGCCAUCCAGCCCAUGGCCGGCAUGAGCGUGGCCGAGUACGUCGCCCGCCGCGUGCGCUGGCUGCGCGUGCGCAAGUUCACCGUCACCCUCGCCACCCUCGUCGAGCCCGGCACUGAGUCCUUCCUGUGCUCCCUGUACGGCGCCUUCGCCGUCACCACCUUGCCCUUCUUCCGCGACUCUUUAGGCAUCCCCCAGACGUGGACCGCUUUCUGGGCUUUGUGGUUCGCCAACGUCGCUGUCUGGUGCUUUGUUGACUGGACGCUGUACCGCAAGCUGCACUCGGCUCACAGCAUCGAGGUAGACGAGUGUACGCCACCGUUCGCGAGACCGCCGAAGACGCCGAAUGGCACGAGAAGGCCGUUCGGAGAAUGGUUCCUUGCGUGGUUGGGACGAGAGGGCCUGGCGUGGCCCGUCUGGGCGUGGGCCGUGUACGGCGGCGUCACUGUGAAGUGGAGGGGGAAGAGAUUCUGGGUCGGGCUCGACAUGAAGGUGCACGAGAUCAAGGAAAAGGGUGACGAGGGUAAUGAGAGGAGGAAGGCGAGGAGUGAUUGA